AUGCUGGCCGUGUGCCGCCGCAGAGCUCUGUCCGCCAUAACGGGUGAGAUGUCUCUCAAGAGGAAGGAGCCGGAGGGAGAGAGCAAGAGAGGCGGUGACCGGAGGAAGAAGCCCCGCGGGGAAGGGCGCUACGUGCCGCCGCCCUCCAAGCGGAGGGCCGGGAUCAGUUUCGGAGACGAACAUUUUGCUGAGACCGAAUCGUACACGGAGAACGGGCUGCGGAAGGUCCGCCCUUACUACUUUGACUUCGAGACGUACUGCAAGGGGCGCUGGGUGGGGAAAAGCCUGCUGGACGUGUUCAGCCAGGAGUUCCGGGCCGAGCCGCUGGAGUACUACAAGCUGGCGGCCCGGGCCGGGAGGCUGCGGCUCAACCGGGAGCCGGUGCAGGACCUGAGCGUGGUGCUGAAGGAUAAUGAUUUCCUCAGGAACACUGUGCAUCGCCACGAGCCUCCUGUCACCGCACAGCCCCUGCGCAUCCUGGCCGAAAGUGAAGACAUUGUGGUUGUUAAUAAACCGUCCUCCCUGCCGGUCCAUCCCUGUGGUCGCUUCCGACACAACACGGUCAUUUUCAUUUUGGGCAAAGAGCACAACAUGAAAGAACUUCAUACCAUCCACCGCUUGGAUCGUCUAACCUCUGGUGUACUCAUGUUUGCCAAGACCCCAGAUGUGUCAAAGAAGAUGGCAGAACUAGUCCGGGAGAGGAAGGUAGAGAAGGAGUAUGUGUGUAGAGUCUGUGGGGAAUUUCCUGAAGAAACUGUGACCUGUGAGGAGCCCAUAAUGGUCGUCUCCUACAAGAUUGGUGUAUGUCGUGUGCAUCCAGAAGGGAAGCCCUCCAAAACGGUCUUCCAGAGACUUAGCUACAAUGGUGAAUCGAGUGUUGUGAAGUGCUUCCCUUACACGGGCCGUACGCAUCAGAUCCGGGUUCACUUACAGUAUUUAGGGCACCCUAUUGUCAAUGACCCAGUCUACAACACAGAAGCAUGGGGUCCCAACAGAGGGAAGAAGGGGGAAAUUGACAAGACAAACGAAGAACUCUUGCGCACCCUAAUAGAAGAGCAUAAGUCAAAGCAAAGCCUGGACAUCUUGGAUGUUGCGGAAGAUGAUCUUCUAGUCUUGAAAAGUGGGCAGAGUGAAGAUGUGCCCCCGGGGUCAAAUACCCUGCCGGCGGAGACAGACCCAGCAUGUCCACCUAAAGACUCAUCAUUAGGUGACAAUAGCAAAGUACCUGAAGACGAUGAAGUUACCGAAACCUCAUCUGCUGAUACAGGGGGGAAGGGGCAGGGACUACUAGACCCCCUGUGUGGAGAAUGUAAGAUUAUACGGCCAGACCCUUCCCCCAAAGACAUGAUAAUGUAUCUUCAUGCAUUGCGCUAUAAGGGGGAUCAUUUUGACUAUUCCACAGAAUUACCUGAAUGGGCAGAUGACCACUGGGUGGAUGGACUAAGACCUAACGUCAGCGAUCUAAAAUAAUGCUUUAUUUAAUUAGAAAAUAUAUAUGAUUUUAUAAUUUUGCUAAAGAUUUGGGGGGGAGAUUUAUCAAGACUGGUGCAAAGAAAAGCUGGCUUAGUUGUCCAUAUCAGCGAAUCAGUGUGAUCCUUUCAUUUUUCAGAGCUUCCUUGGGAAAUUAAAGGUGGACUCCUAACUGGUUGCUAUGG